CCAUGGAAGAGGUUUCUGGAGUCAAGGUCAAGCUCACAACAACGGAUAUUUCACACCGAUGAAUACCCUCAACCAACCUACCAUCGCCAGCAAUAGCCCUGUAGCUCGACUUGUUCUGCAUAUCCCCGUCGACCACCAUUCAACGAACCGUAGGUACCUAGUCAUACCACCGAUCAAAUACAUUCAUUCACCAUGGCCUCAUCAACCUUUCCCUACCUCUCCGAUGACCCCCAAGGCUACCUCCUCUUCCUCAAGGAUUACAUCCGUCCCUGCACCGAUAUCUGCACCAACUGCAAAGUCCGCUGUCUCGAUAACUUCAUCAAGACCGCCUCCGCCCCGGACCUCGGGUGGAACCGCCUUUCCCCGGACGAACGGCCUCGUCCCGCGCAUAGUCUCCUCGACGCCCAGCUAGCUAACUUGGGCAUUUCCGCAGCCAACAGAUAUGGUGUGGAUCUGUCCGAAGACGAAAUCGAUCAAAUCUUCCAACCCGCCGUCCGCCGUCUAACGCUAAAUGCAAACUGGUUCCUAGUGGUCGAGGCCUUUGCAGCGAUGACUGCCUACAGAGGGAUGGGCAGACCAGAUCGUGCUGACGACCCGUUUGACCAGUACAAGCUGGGGAAAAAGGUCCUUUGGAUGGCUUGCCCCCAGUUCACAACCCAGGAACUAGUCAAGCAUAAGCCGUCAGUGGACUUGAUGUCCAAUUGGCUUUGGAACCUCGGCCAACUCUUAUCCGAUGGCGCGGACGUCUAUCUCUCCUCAUCCUCUCUCCGUGUGAGUGGAGACGAGUAUCGCGAUCCGUCCUGCUCAUCUGAGCCCCAGCCAGCCAACACCGCCCUCUGCACCUGCCCCAUCUUCUCCAUUCUCAAUGAAAAACAUCCCGAUGCACACACCGGCUACGAAUGGAUCAAUGUGGUUCUCCACACCGCCCAAAAACGGAUAGAGCCAGCCCUUCUCGAAGCAUGGUCACAACCCUUGAACGACGAGGAACUUCUCAGUUCUUCAGCCCCAUAUCGUCCGCUGUGCCCGGGUUACGACUGCCAAGCGGAUACAAGCUGGCAAGAAGAUCAAGUGCACAAGAGGAAUAACGUGGUAGACGUUCCUCAGCUUGCUGACGUGGUUUGGGAUUGGUCUGUGAGUCAAAUAACACUUUUGGGCCACGAGGAGCACGACAAGCACGAAGAGCAUGAGGAGAAUGGAGGGGGUACUGCUAGUGGUGAUAUUUCUUCGGUUCCAAGUCCCGGUGAACCUGCCAGUCCCGACUCCGACCCUGCCCCCGCUGCCGACCCCACACAUCCUCCAGACUCCCUUCGCCCCGGCUUUCUCCUCCUCACCGGCACUCCCUCCAACUCCACUUCCAUCAACUCCCAAUUCAGAGACAUUCACCUCGACACUUUCCCACCCUGCCGCUUCGCCCACUCCUCCUCCCACACCCAACCUCCCCCGCCUCUCCCGCCAGUCAAAUCUCUCUUCGACACUGCCCACCGCGAAUACUUCCGUAACAGAUGCUUGCUCCUGGAGAUCCCCCUCGACCAAAACCAAAACACCGCCGUCGGCGUAAAGCCCUUCCGCCAGCCACGCUUGUGCAGAAACGAAGGCGCCCACGAUACAAACGGGUUUGACUUUCGACCGUCAUCGAAGGCGCAGGGAUGGACGAUCAGGCACGGAACGAUCGAUUGGGAAAGCGGAGCGGAUUAUGAGGAUCGCAACAUGAGAUGGGGGCCUCAGCAUAUGAUGAGACAGGUGUUUGAUUGGGAGGGUGGGGUUUUCGGGUGGGAGUUAGAAGAGUAGGUAGGUAGAGGUAGGCAGUAGAAGGGAUUUACAGGGUUUCCUUCGGGCUAGGGAUUCAAAAGGUUGGAAAGCUGAA